CCUGCAUCACCCCUCCCCACAAUGAAGAUCAGCGCCCUCUCGCGCUCGCUCGACCAGCACGCGCCGGCGCGCAAGGGCGACGCCGCGCCGCAGUCGCACAAUCUCGACCCGGCGCUGCACCCGUUCGACAAGGCGCGCGAGUACACGCGCGCCCUCGCCGCCGCCAAGCUCGAGCGCAUGCAUGCAAAGCCCUUCGUCGCCGCGCUCGACGGGCAUGCCGACGGCGUGUACAGCCUGGCGCUCGAUGCGCGGCGCCUCGGCGUGGCGGCGAGCGGCAGUGGCGACGGCGAGAUCCGGCUGUGGGACAUUGCCUCGCGCUCCUGUCUGGCCUCCUACCCGCGCGCCCACUCGGGCCUCAUCUCGUCGCUCAUCAUCUCGCCGCUGUCCUUCGGCUCGCGCGGCUCGCUCUCGGCCUUCGCGACCGAUGCCUCGGGCAAGGCAUCGUCGCGCAUGGACGGACGGCGCCUGCUCAGUGCCGGCACGGACCGCGUGGUGCGCAUGUGGGAUGCCGACCCGCGGCGGGACCGGUGGGGCGGCGGAGAUGAGGAGGACGACGAUGCCAUGGACUUGACUGCUGCGGGCAACAUCCGCGGCGUGGAGUACAAUGAGGAGAAGAAGGAGGCGAUCCAAUCGUGGACCUCGCCGCAGGCGAUCAACUCGCUGUCGCACCACGCCAAGGCGGCGCAGUUCGUCUCCGCCUCGUCCAGCAUUCAGCUGUGGGAUGUGACACGCGGCUCGAGCGCGAGCGCCUCGGCGGUCGGCGCAGGCGGAGCACUGCGGACGAUGGAGUGGGGCGCCGAGAGCAUCAACGUCGUGCGCUUCAACCCCAGCGAGACGGAGGUGCUGGCCAGCGCGGGCAGUGACCGCGGUGUGGUGCUGUACGACCUGCGGUCAGGCAAGCCGACGACUAAGAUGGUCAUGUCUAUGCGCGCCAACGACAUUGCCUGGUCGCCACUCGAGCCCACAACGUUCGCGCUCGCGAGCGAGGACCACAACGUUUACACGUUCGACAUGCGGAAUCUGCAGUCCGCGACGCAGAUCUACAAGUCGCACGUCGCUGCCGUCAUGUCGGUCGGCUACUCGCCGACGGGCCAGGAGCUCGUGUCGGGCUCGUACGACCGCACGCUGCGCCUCUGGACCGUCAAUGCCGGCUCGCAGUCGCGCGACGUGUACCACCUGGCGCGCAUGCAGCGCAUCUUCGCCUGCGCCUUCACGUACGACGCACGCUUCGUCGUCUCGGCGUCCGACGACGGCAACGUGCGGCUGUUUAAGGCGCGCGCCGGCGAGAAGCUGGGCAUCCAGUCGGGCCGCGAGCGCGCGGCGCUCGAGUACCGGCAGCGCCUCAAGGACAAGUGGGGCAGCACGGGCGACGUGCGCAAGAUCGAGCGCCAGCGCAACAUCCCCAAGCAGAUCACGGGCGCCAGCAAGCUCAAGCGCACCAUGCUCGAGGCCGAGCGCGUCAAGGAGGAGCGCCGGCGCAAGCACACCAAGGCUGGCUCGAGCAAGCCGAAAGCUGCGCGCAAGGCUGCGAUCCUUGCUCACAAGGAGUGAGCUGCCUCCGCUUGCCCGCAGCACGCACCACAGUCUCUGGCCGUCAUCCGUUCUCGUCGCAUCAUGUAACACUAGUCACGCACAAGCUACCCGCAUUCGCCUACUUUGC